AUGCUUGAAUAUCUGCUCAUUUUGGCGGCGUUGUACUUCGUAUGGAGCCUCAUCUGCCUGGAGUGCAAUUACAGGCGCGCGACGUCCAUGGGCAUCCCUCUUGUACGACUGCCCGUAGAUUCUCUGAACAUUCCCUAUACAGUUAUCGAGCCGCACCUCUUCAAAUUUCUCGACCUCCUGCCUCCUUUCUUGCUGCCAGAAUUCGUUCGGUACAUGCGACGUGGCUGGUUCUUCAUCGACAAGGCCGACUCCCAUCUGCGCUAUGGGCCCAUAUUCGCGUGCGUAACCCCUCGUGGCAUUCACAUACAGGUGUGCGACUCAGAGGCCAUUCACGAUAUCUUUACACGGCGUUUAGACUUUGUGCGUCCGACCGAGAGUUACAAGCUUCUUGAGGUGUAUGGCCCUUGUAUCUCCACGGCAAGCCUGUCCGAAUGGCCCCGACACAGAAAGGUCUUGGCUGCGCCGUUCAACGAGAGUGUGAUGAAGUUUGUCUGGAAUGAGUCUCUUAAGCAAACGAGGCAGAUGAUUGUGUCGUGGACUACUCCCGAAAACGCCACUGACGGCAUCUUUAGCGUUGCCAAAGAUACUCGCACUCUGUCCUUGAAUGUUCUUGCAGCUGCUGGAUUCCGACGUUCCUUUAACUUCCGGUCUUCGCGCGCUGGGAAAGCAGACACUGACUCGACGUCUUCUUAUCGCAAUGUACUAUCGACGGUGCUCGACAAUAUCAUUAUUCUUAUGUUGAUCCCGCACCGCUACCUAUCUCUUCCAAUCUUCCCAAAGUCGUUACAGCGCAUUGGUAAAGCAGCGACUGAAUAUAAGACUCAUAUUGAGCAGAUGUUCGAGGAGGAAAUGACAGCCUUCAAGCAAGGUACACAGGGUGCAGGAGGUCUCAUGACAUCGUUUGUCAGAGCCUUGAACACCCAUGAAGCCAGUCUUGAAGGACCCAAACAGUCAUGGGGCCUAUCAAUGGACGAUAUUUACGGGAAUAUCUUCGUUAUAAACUUCGCCGGGCACGACACUACUGCAAACACUCUUGCGUUUAGUUUAUUUCUUCUCGCAACGGAACCUAAAGUGCAGGAAUGGGUAACCGAGGAGCUGCGCGCAGUAGCACUCGAUGAAGCUGACUGGAAGUACGGCCGCAUCUCCGCACCUCAGCGUCGUCUCCAGGUUGGCGACCGCUCGAUUCUCAUCCCAGCGAACACGAAUACUAGCCCGAGCAUUCUUGCAGUCCAUACACACCCUCAGCACUGGUCUAACCAACUCGAAUGGCGACCUUUACGAUGGAUCACAGUGAAUAAUAAUCACGAAGAGUCCCUCAUAACGCCGCCACGAGACACAUAUUUCCCCUGGUCUGAUGGACCGCAAAACUGUCCUGGUGUCAAAUUCUCGCAGGUCGAAUUUGCUGCUGUGCUGGCGUUACUCAUGCGCAACCACCAGUUGACCAUUGUGAGGCAGAGUGGCGAGACUGAGCAACAAGCUCGCAGGCGGGUUCUAGCGGUGGUCAAUGAUUGUGACAUGCAGAUUCUGUUGCGAAUGCGCGAUGCGGAUAGAGGUUAA